GACGAGGGAAAGUUACGUGAGGAAUAUCCAUGGCUGCCACCUUCUGACAGUUAUAUGGGUAAGUAUACACGUGCUGCAGUUACUUGUGAUCAUGGAUUGUGCAGUGAAAUUGGCAGGAACAUUCUGAUAAGAGGUGGUAAUGCAGUCGAUGCAUCCAUCGCUUCAAUGUUCUGUCUCGGUGUCACAAACCCUCAAAGUAGUGGUAUCGGUGGUGGCUUCAUUAUGACAUUAUAUAAUAGGACUGAAAAGAAAUGCACUGUAAUUGAUGCUCGAGAAACAGCGCCUGAGAAAGCCCAUCGUGAUAUGUUCAUCAAUGAUGAAUUCGGUUCCAAACAUGGUUUUCGCGCUAUAGCAACACCAGGAGAAAUUGCCGGAUAUUGGCUCGCAUUCAAGCGUUUUGGAAGUGGACAGGUGUCGUGGCAUGAUUUGAUAAAACCAUCGAUUGAUCUGUGCCGCUAUGGAGUACCCGUGUCCAAAUAUCUCGGAUAUGUCCUUGGUGUAAAAGAGAAACAUUUCAGAACAUUGCCUUCUAUGACAAGUUGGAUUAACAAUGCUACCAAUAAAGUGUUUGUCGCCGGAGAUAUCAUUAAACGACCGGAAUUGGGUAACACAUUAGAAAGGCUUGCACUUAGUUCCGAUCCGAUGGAGCUUUUCUAUCAUGGAGAGAUCGCCAAAACAUUAGUCAAGGAAAUCCAAGAUAAUGGCGGAAUUAUCACAAUGAAUGAUUUUGCACAAUUCAAGCCAACAGUACACGAGCAACCAUUGGUCAAUGAUCACUUCUCGGGUGAUCUAGCAAUGUGCGGUCCACCACCUCCUUCCUCAUUCGCAGCCACUCAGCUAAUUAUAUCUCUCAUGGCUCGAUUUUAUGGACCCAAAACAAGCAAAGAGGUGUUAAGGCGUGAUCCACUCUUCUAUCACAGAUUUCUCGAGGCGCAAAAGUUUGCCUAUGCACAACGGACUCUCAUGGGUGACGAAGCUUUCGUGAAAGAAGCUAAAGAGCUUGCCAACAAUAUGACAACAAAGGAAUACACAGACUGGGUGUUCUCGAGAAUGCGUAAUACAACACAACCAACAGAAUACUACGGUAAAACUCUGAAGCAGUUGAAUGAUCAUGGUACAUCGCAUGUUUCUGUGUUAGAUUCUAUGGGUAACGGAGUAUCUAGUACGAGUACUGUUAAUCGAUGGUUUGGCGCAGUGGUGCAAUCUGUCAAAUUAGGCAUUGUAUUUAAUGAUGAAAUGGAUGACUUCUCCACUCCGGGCAUGGCAAAUGGUUUUGGAUUUGCGCCAUCCGAAAGCAAUUUCAUUGAACCCAAUAAGAAACCAAUGAGUAGUAUGAGUCCAAUGAUCGUUUAUAAUACUAAAACUGGAAAAAUUGUAAUGGUAGCAGGAGCAUCCGGUGGUUCGAAAAUAAUUUCCUCUUUGGCUAAGCCUAUUGUUCGGGUAUUAUUUUUCAAUGAAACUAUAAAAGAGGCUAUUGAUGCUCCAACAUUGCACAAUCAAUUUACACCAGAUAUCACACAGUUUGAACAUGCUGUGCCGAAGGAGUUGAUAAAUGAUCUGACGCAGAUUUUUGGACAAAAGUUCAGGGAAACGACUGGUUUCGAAGGCAUAGCUCAAGGGAUUGUGGUAGGUGAGGAUGGGGUCAUCUACGUGAACGGAGACUACAGACGCAAAAGUGAUAUGCAUCCCGGAGGAUAUUAG